GCUCUUCUGACCCGACACCAUUCAUCCUCUCCGACGCACCAUCCCCCUUCUGCACCCGAGCUGACCGCCCCUGGGUCGUCGUCUGGCCAUGCACUUAUUUUGGUACCUCUCUGUUUUCGCCCUCCUCUUUCGGACUGGAGUCCUCGCCACCGCCUUUGACCUUCUGCACAACUACUCUGGCUUGACAUUCUUCUCAGGCUGGGAAUUCUACGGAAAGUGGGACAACCUCACUCUGGGGAACGUUACCUACCAAACCGCGCUUUUGGCUACCGAAUACCAGCUGGUAUCUGUCAAUGAAGCUGGGAACGCCAUCAUAAGAGUGGACAACCGCACAACUGUCAGCGUCGGAGAAAGGCGGAACUCAGUGCGACUGACGUCCUCCGAAUUUUACGACUUUGGCAGCCUCUGGAUCAUCGACCUCCUGCAUAUCCCGUACGGAUGCUCCGUGUGGCCCGCCUUCUGGAGUACCGCCCCCAACUGGCCUGAUGGCGGCGAAAUUGAUAUCAUCGAGGCCAUCAACCUUGCGACGAGCAACCAGAUGGCUUUGCACACGACGGCAGGAUGCACACACUACCCGCAGGUCAAUCAGACCGGCUACAACAUCGACACAGACUGUGGCACAGGGUCGGGCUGCACUGUCGGGAUACCUGCUAACAACAGCUAUGGCCCCGGCUUUGCCUCCGUGGGCGGAGGCGUCUACGCCACCUGGUUUGAUGAGUCAGGCAUCUUCAUGUGGUUCUGGAGUCGACCGGAUGUUCCAGAUUCCAUCGCAAAUGCCGGUGCAAACUCGUCCAUGGACGUCUCAACCUUCGGCACUCCGACAGCGAGCUUUCCCACCAACACGUCGUGCAACAUCACGCAGUUCUACAAGCCUCAGCAGCUGAUAUUUGACAUCACGUUGUGCGGCGACUGGGCUGGUGUUCCGGGCAUCUAUGACUCGCAGUGCUACAACGCGGGGCCUAAUCACGAUUGCUACCUCGAUUGUGUCGUAGGGGACGGCAGCAACUACGACGACGCAUAUUUCGAGGUGCGCUAUGUACGCACGUACAGUGACCGCCCCGUCACGCCUUCGACGACCGGCGACCCAACGACACAGACAAGCCAGGCUAGUCCCCAGCCGCACAACGCCGCACACAGUACACGCGCCGAGUGGCGGUGGUGGCUAGGCCUUCCCAUCGCCGCAAUCUGCGCUGACAUGCUGCUUCGUUUGCUAUGAGGGUUUUGAAGGCGAUGCUUCGUCGCGGACUGGCUUCGGUAUCUGGGACAAUGUGGACUUAUGACGUAAUUGAAGCGUACUUCUUAUGCUCUGUUUAUGGCUUACGACGGAUUCAUCCCCCUACACGUUCUCUGCCUCGUUGGUCUACGAUUUAUUUACGGUGUGCGUGUUCUAUAGAUAGCCUACCCGGAGUCGAGGUAUUAAUGGACUAGCUGUACUCUCGUGUACGUUUCUACUAUUAGCAUGUAUGUCCGAGAUAGUCUUCGAUUCGCAGUUGGGCGGUGUUGUUUC